AUGUCCAAUAUCAUCAAGGGAGAGAACAAGGUCACCAUACAAGAUGCGCAGGGAAACACCAUCUACCCGUGUGGUUACGUGGGGGGUGCUAAGGUCAGAGUGUCGGCAGAGCCGUCGUUCGAGCCAUCGCAAGUCUCACUAUCGAGCUCGGAGGGGAUAACACAGAUCGAGAAGGACCGAGAAGCUCAGUUGAAAGACGCGAACAACUGUAUCGCUUUGAACACAAUCUUAUCAGAAGAAGCGCUUGACCACGUCAAGAAGAUGUGUGGCCCUGGAUACGAGCUGGAUGAGAAGGGAAUACCUCAGCCGAUCGAGCCUGAGGCGGAGGGAUCAUCCAACGCCAAGGGGCCAGGAUACUUCAUCCAACCACACACGUUGCCUGCUGGGACUGGGAUUGAAGGAUUCUUUGGAGGAGACGACUCGAAGCUCACGGAGGACGACGUGGCAUAUAUUUGUAAGAACAUCGAAGAUGAACAGGCUGAGGUAAAGAAAGCCUGCAUCAGUUACUUCGUACAAUACUUUCGUGCCAUGGACGAAGAAGGUACAGGAGUUCUCGUCGGUGAUGCAUUCAAGACCGUGAUAGGAAGGCUGGAGGAGGAGAUGCCGAUGGAGCCGAAAGAAUCCCCAUGGAUGACACCACGAGCAGCAAAGUUAAUCGAAGAGGCUGGAACAGAAGGGAAGAUAGAUUACGUCAAGUUCGUGACAGAGGAAUUGGAAAGCCCCAGGGACGAUGCAUUGUAG